GUUGGUAAUCGCUUUAGCAAAGCGUUUAUUUUUAUUUUCACAACUGAACUUGAUUAAGCACAUGUAUGCGGAGCAGAACGAUUCAGAAGAGGUGAAAUGAGAGCAUCAGAGCCCUGAGUUUGGAAUUAAAGAACAUUUAUUGGAGGAUUUAUUGGCGAGGAAAGCGCUUUAAAUGAGAGUUCCGUGUCGGGAUUAUAUUUAGCGUGAAAAGAAGAAAAGGUCAUCACCAGAGGUGAAAGGCCGCCAGAACAGACUCGAGAUGGCGUACAAGCGAACGUGGGUCUGUCGUCUUCUCCUCUUUGGAAUUUCCAUCACCUUCGCUCAAGGAUCAGGAAGAUCCAUGCAGGACAAUCCAGCUGUGUUCGAUACCGAAGGUGACUACGACUGGACGACUUGGUUCAACAUCGAUCACCCUGGAGGGAAGGGAGAUUAUGAGCAGCUGGAUGCGAUUCGAUUCUAUUACCGAGCUCGUGUGUGUGAAUCCCCACGGGCACUAGAAGCUCGAACUACGGACUGGAUACCAGCUCGCAGAACCGGAGAGAGAGUGCACGCCGAACCCGCUGUGGGAUUCUGGUGCAUCAAUUCGGAACAACCUGAAGGGAAGAGCUGCUCUAAUUACGCAGUCCGUUUCCUGUGCCCAAGAGACACCAAGCCAGAAACUCAAGGAACGUGGGGUCAGUGGUCAGACUGGACCCCGUGUCCCGCACAAUGUGGCCAGGUCGCGGCCCAGGUCCGAUCCAGAACGUGCACAACCCAAUCCAGGCAGUGUAACGGGCUAAAGAUGGAGAGCAGACAGUGCAAAGGACCCAUAUGUCCAGGUUGUAGUUUGCAGUGUGCGAUAGGCAAGGCAAACACAGACUGCAGUGCUUGCAUGUGUGAGGAUCACACGGUGCUUGGGUCAGUUCGUAGAGCUGGAAGUCUUCCAGCUCCUGGGGCAGCAAUCCUCCUUUCAGGCACAAGCCCCAAACUUCUCACGCUAUCUGACCACAACGGACACUUCCGUGUACCAAGGAUCUGCCCAAACGGCAACACUACACUGCUGAUCAAGCUGCAGGGCCACAGACCUCAGGAGAUUGUUAUGCCGCUGAGCUCUGAGCCUACAACUGUACUUCAUGUGAAGCUGGAGCGAGCAAAAAACCUGUAUGUGCAAAAGAACCCAGAGUCAAAGGCGAGGAGAAAGGGUCAGACAGCUGCCUUCUGCUGCAAGGUUACUGGUUCACCUGAACCUGAUGAGUACCAGUGGUUUCACAACGGAACUCUGCUUGCGAAGAGCGUACAUCACUAUGACGAGAGACUGGUUUUGAGGAACCUGAGCAUGGCUCAGGCUGGAGAGUACUACUGCAGAGCCACCAAUGAGAACGGUGCCAUUAAAUCCAAGCCAGCCACACUCUCAGUCAUAGAUCAAGCUGAGCCUUCAUGCAACCCAAAUCCUGAAUCCCACAUGAUCCGUCUGCCUCAUGAUUGCUUCCAGAACCAGUCGAACUCAUUCUACUAUGACGUAGGAAGAUGCCCCAUAGAAACAUGCAGCGGCCAGCUGGACAACGGUAUUCGAUGCAAAGACUCCAUAUCUUUCUGCUGUGGGGUGUCCAAAAUGGAAGAGAGACAGAUAACAUGCCAAGGCUACCAGUUACCUACGAUGGUGGUCACCCAAUGUGGCUGCAAAAAAUGUGUGGAAAUAAAGACAAUAGUUCGUGGGCAUGCUCUUGCAGCAGAUACAGGAGAGCCCUUAAGGUUUGGACACAUCUAUAUGGAUGGUGCAAGGAUUAGCCGAACAGGAUACAAGGGCACUUUCUCCAUCCAAGUUCCCACAGAUACUGAACGGCUAGUUCUUACUUUUGUAGACAACAUGCAAAAGUUUGUGAACACUACUAAAGUGCUUUUGUUCAACAACAAAGGUGGAGCUGUGUACCAUGAGAUCAAACUGCUGAGGAAAAAGCCUCCUGUUACCUUAAGCUCAAUCGCUAGCAACAAACUACAGCUUGGAGAAGUACAAGGUGAGGAACCUAUGGCCGAGCUUGAAAUUCCACCAAACUCUUUCUACAAGCAGAAUGGAGAGGUAUUUGUAGGUAAUGUGAAGGCCAGCGUUACCUUCAUGGACCCAAGAGAUGUAUCCACAGCAGCGGCCGCUCAAAGUGAUCUCAACUUCGUUGGUACCGAAGGUGAUACGUUGCCCUUGAGAACCUAUGGCAUGUUCUCAGUUGACUUCAGGGAUGAGGCAGACGGGGAGUCACUGAAUGCUGGAAAAGUAAAGGUCCGACUUGACGCGGCCCAAGUCAAAAUGCCGGAACACCUGGAGACAAUGAAACUGUGGUCCCUCAACCCAGAGACUGGCCUUUGGGAAGAAGAAGGACAGCUUCGUAUGGAGAAAACACGACGACGAAAGCGAGAAGAAAGGACUUUCCUCGUAGGAAACAUGGAAAUACGAGAAAGACGGCUGUUUAACUUGGACGUGCCUGAAAACAGAAGAUGCUAUGUUAAAGUCAGAGCUUUCCGUAGUGAACGAUAUAUGUCGAGUGAGCAAGUGGAGGGUGUUGUGGUAACUCUGAUUAAUAUGGAGCCUACAGCUGGUUACUCCAGCAACCCUCGUGCAUGGGGUCGGUUUGAUAGCGUCAUCACUGGUCCCAAUGGUGCAUGUCUACCUGCCUUCUGUGAUGACCAAAGAGCAGAUGCUUAUUCAGCUUACGUCAUGGCAAACCUGGGAGGUGAAGAACUGGAAGCAGUAGCUUCAGCGCCGAAAUUAAAUCCCAACAUCAUUGGUGUCCCUCAACCCUAUUUGAAUAAGCUGAACUACAGAAGAACAGAUCACGACGAUCUCAGAAUCAAGAAGACGGCGUUCAGUAUCAACAUAGCAAAACCCAGCCCAAACGCAGCCGAAGAAGCAAACGGUCCCAUUUAUCCAGUGGAAAAACUGAAGGAGUGUGAAGAAGCUCCAUUUAAUGCACCUCACUUCCGCUUUUCAAGAGUCGAAGGAGAUCGCUAUGACUACAACACGGUUCCUUUCAACGAGGACGAUCCAAUGAGUUGGACAGAAGACUACUUGAGCUGGUGGCCAAAGCCGACGGAAUACAGAGCUUGCUUUAUUAAAGUAAAACUCAACAGCCCACAUGAACUCAAUGUCCGUUCUCGCAACAUGGGAGGUACCCAUCCAAGAACAGUUGGCCAACUCUACGGCCUUCGAGACACCCGCAGUAUCAGAGACCGGGACCAGUCCAGUGUCUCAGCAGUCUGUUUGGAGUUCAAAUGCAGUGGCAUGCUGUAUGACCAAGACAGAGUGGAUCGCACUCUAGUAAAGGUGAUCCCGCAGGGUAGUUGCAAGCGAGAGAGUGUCAACAGCAUGCUACAAGAGUACUUGGUCAAUCAUCUUCCACUAGCUGUCAACAAUGACACCAAUGAGUUCACCAUGCUUGCACCACUGGACCCUUUGGGCCACAAUUAUGGCAUCUACACAGUUACCGACCAAGAUCCUCGCACAGCUAAGGAGAUAGCACUCGGACGCUGUUUUGACGGUACGUCGGACGGGACGUCACGAGUAAUGAAGAGCAAUGAAGGCGUGGCAUUAAUCUUCACUUGCGGCGACAAAGAGGUCACCAGACAGAGCGUGUUCCAGCAGCUCCAGAAUGCUCCAGGCCGGGCCAUAAUGGGGACUACUCGUCCAGGUAGAGGCAACCGGAGGCAGAGAGGAGACUCAUCAGCCACACUCCGUAAUAGCCAGAGAAGAAGUACCCGCAAUCCCAACAGUCGCUCUCCAGCGACCCGCCGAAGCUCCUAAUGAAUAUGUCUAACGGAAAUGGCCUGGCGAGAUCUAGUUUUGUUUUGUUUUUUACACUAAUGCAUAAUUCCUACGUUAUAAGAUGAACUGAGAAACUAGACUUAUGGGUUAGAGUACAGGUUCCGAGCCCUGGUCCUGAAGUACUCCCUCUCACGCAUGGGUGUUUUUAAAAAUGUUUUCUCUGCUCCCAACACACUUGAUUCAACUAAUCAACUAAUUCCUGAGAUGCAGUGGGCAUGUUGGAGCAGAGAAAACAAGGUGAAGGACCAGGAUAAAAGAACAACUAAUCCCCAUUGUACCACAAACUGAAAUUAAAUUGUUUCUGUUGGCACGAGGUUUAAAAUGUCAACAAACUCAUAGCAAUAUAUUAGAAAUAAGAUUAUGUCCAGGAAAAAGCAUUUCAAGGAAUGUUUCUUUUUUUACCCCCCUCUAAACAAUUUAAUCACUUUUACCAAAUACAUCUACUCUUAAGUCAUAUACAUCAAUCACUUACCUGUACUGUGAUAGUUACUACUUGAAGUUGUAAAUAGUGGGAUAUUUAUUUCAUACACAAUGUUAAGGAACCAGAACUUAAAAUAAAUGUCUAUGUAUUUGACUCACACUACAGAAGGUUUUUAAAAAAAAAACCAAAAAAAAACCCAAACACUGCUGGAGUUCUCACAUUGACCAACAUUUUUGUGAAGCAAAUAAUUUAAAGGGGGUUAAAACAAAAACCCAAAACAAAAGGAAAACCUCAAAUAUUUAUUGGGACCAAAGUUUUUCAUCUGUUCAGCCCAUAAUCUUCCUCCUCACUGCUACAAACCUGCAGAAGUUACAACAAAAGACCGAGCCCCACACUCCUGCACGAGUCGUUUAAAUCUACCAGCAUUAGAGCAAAGUAAACCUUUAAAUGGAAAGAAAGAAAGUUAUUUCACUUUCAGAACAAUUCAAAAGCACUUCAUAAGAAAUGCCACUUACAAAUUGUACUUACUUUUUUUCCCUGCUUUUCCAUCCUUUAAUAAAAAAUAACAAUAAGAAGUGUACCUACCACCAGUGCUUCUCAUGUAGUGUCUGCUGUAAAUGCACUGACAUUUUUAAGGGGGAAAAAAAAAUUGUUGAAUUAUGUGCAUCUGAUGUUGCUGACAACUGGCAAUCAUAUAGAGAUAUAAUUCUGUGUCAAUUUUCCACCAGAGGAAAAUAUCCAUACUUUGUUUUUGUGUGUUUUUUAACCUAGACAUUCUGUAUACAAUUAUUUUGCAUAGAAUAUCACACUUGUUUCUAUGUAAAUAAAGUUGCACAGAGGUAAAGACCAUCAGCUUUGUUCCAACCAAAAUAAACAAUGUUUUCUGUAAUAUUUCACAUAAGGCAUUAUGAUGAUUAUUUUCUGAGG